CGUUCCUGAAGCUUUUUUUAUUACUCUUUUCCGUCUUGCUAAUCUCGAACCAAAAAAAAAAAAGCUGUCAUGACGACCACAAAGAGAUCGACUCCCUUUUACUUUGGAGGUGCUGCUUCCUGCAUUGCUGCCAUGGUGGUUCAUCCCUUUGACCUCACCAAGGUCCGCUUGCAAAACACCAAAGGCGCCGACAAGGCGGGCAUGCUUACGACCAUGGUAAGAAUCGCCAAGAAUGAGGGUCCUCUCAAGCUUUAUGCUGGUCUCUCGGCAAGUAUUCUUCGUCAAGCGACAUACUCUACUGUUCGCUUUGGUGGUUAUGAAAAGUUGAAGCAAAUGGUUUCUGACGGCAAAAGCAUUUCUGUCUGGCAAAUGUUGAUCUGCUCCAGUGCAGCUGGUGCAUUAGGCGGUGCUUGCGGUAAUCCGGGUGACGUUGUUAACGUGCGUAUGCAAAAUGAUGGCCAGCUUCCGGCUCACCAGCGACGCAACUACAAGCAUGCCAUUGAUGGUGUCGUCCGUAUUACUAAAGAAGAAGGCGUCGCAUCACUGUUCCGAGGACUCGGACCCAACGUCAACAGAGCGAUAUUGAUGACCUCUUCCCAGUGUGUCUCCUAUGAUAUUUUCAAAGAUCUUCUGUUGAAGCACAGCCCGUUAAAGGAUGGUAUGGCUCUUCACCUGACGUCGAGUGUGUUAGCGGGUCUCGUGGCAACCACUGUAUGCUCCCCCGUUGACGUUAUCAAGACACGUAUCAUGACCGCCAGCUCAUCGGAUCGCAAGAUGUCAUCGCUGACUGUCAUGUCGCAAAUGUAUAAGGCGGAAGGCAUUGCCUCCUUCUUCAAGGGUUGGACUCCAGCAUUUAUUCGUCUUGGACCGCAGACUAUCAUUACUUUUGUGGUACUGGAACAGUUCAAAAAGUGGCAUGCGGCAUGGCACGAUAGAUCAUUGGUUACAGCCAAGCUGUAAUUGGCAUAUCCUUAUUUUCUCCAUUGUUAUCUUAUUUAUUUUUGACACUUUCUUUAUUCAUCAUUCAUAGUAUAUCAUUUUUGUAUUUUUUUUACAGCAUUUUUUAUUUUUUUGAUAGAGAACAAUGAAAAUCUGGGGCACUGCCUCAAGUUACCUGAAAGAGGAAGUCCUGUC